CCCAGAAGAUCUACGAAGAGCAAACGCAAUCCAUCAACUCCUCCUUUAAUCCUCCCAAGACAGCGAUGUAGUUUACUCUUCAAAGAGGCUACCACUCACUCUAUUGCGGCCUCUUACAAAUAAAGUAUCUCUACUUUUUACACCGAAAAACUCUCGUAUCGUGUCACAGCUUUGGGGACCUCGAAAAGUACCAUUCGACGACUUUUGAAGGAUUCUGGAGUUUUCAAAAGUAUACUUCGAAAAACUAAUUUGAAAAUGAAUCUUCCACUAACAUAACUAGAAUCAGUUCUUAAUUAUCAGAAUGGAACUCCCCACAAGAUCAGUUCUUAUGACUCCUGAGUAAAUUAUUACUCUUUCUUCCCGUUUGCUUAGAUGAUGGCACAUCCACGUUUGAUUGGAAACUAACUUUGAGCUCAUAGGGUCCUUGACGAAAUCGUCACGCUGUAUGUCGGCAGUAAGAGGAAGAAGUACAUCGUUCAUAAACGAAUAUUGUGCGACCAAUCUGAGUUCUUCGAUGCCGGGUUUAACGGCGGGUUCAAAGAGGCAACUGAAGGAAAAAUGUACCUUCCCGAAGAUGACCCUAUAGCUGUUGCUGAUCUGAUCGAAUACUUGUAUCGAGGAUCACUCCCACGCUGUAGGGAGGAUGGUGGCAGUGAGAAAGUUCGUAACCUUUAUUACCUAGCGGAAAAGAUUGGCCUAUUAUCGCUGAUGGACAAACUUAUGGACUUACUGGCAGUUCCCAGAAUUCAGCAGACAGGCCAUCUGGUCGGGUACGGUUCAAACGCGAUCAAGGAAAUAUAUGACCAUACGCAUGAGGGAAGCAAGCUUAGGCUCUUUGUUACGGCCGUUAAUGUCUUCAGAUUACGAGAUCGAGGGAAUGAAAAGGAUUGGAUGAGCGAUCGUGCUAAACUCCUCCACAGUAAUCCGGAGUUCUUUCAUGAUGUGUUCAAAUUAGUUGGUAAACAUGGGAAAAAAGUCUGGGUUGAGAAGAGCGAAGGCAAAGCUUUUGUGACAGCGUUUGAGCAGUGCUAUUUUCAUGUUCAUGGACCGGACAAAGAAUGUUAUGCCAACCUGGAGACAGGGAAGGAAAUACUGGAGUGAUGGGUCCGACACUUUAGACUGACAAACUGUCAUGGUAUGAAAGCCCAUUGCCCUGUCUGUUCGCAUAUCAUACAUGUUUAGAUUCCAGAGCUCCUUAGUUUCUCUUCAUGACGGAUGGAAUUUAGGUGCUGAUACCAAGCUGUACCCAUCUCCGACGGUUCUUAGAAACAUAAUGGACAGAGUCCUUGGAAGAUCAUCUUUCCACAUAUGCGAGCAAAAAUGACAUGAGUGUCCAUUCAUCUAGCACGUCUUCUAUAUCUGCACACGGUGCUCACCGGGUGCCAUUCAGCAUAGUUCCCGGUUGUUUCUCUCGCCUCUGGAAUAUCCACCCGAGAUUGUCGUUUUCCCAUUCUCAUGGACCUUCCUUGGAUGUCCACCAAAACCCCCAUAAUCCGUUUUAUUCCCGUGACCAUCCCUAAAACUCUCACAAAAUCCACACCUCCAUGUUU